CGGAUAUGAAUCCGUUUUAUACUACUGGGAGGGGCUCUUUGGGGUACGUAGCGCCUCAGGCCCAGCUGGAAGCGUCCCACACAGACUACCUUCCUCAUUUGGGGGGCACUGAAGUACGCAUCCUGACUUCCCCCAAACCCACACACAAUUCUAAAACACACAGACCACCUAGGUCUCUGAGCGAAUCCAAGUCCAGAGGUCCCUCCUUCGCGGAGACUCAGUUUCUCCACUUAAGGAACGGCGGGAUGGAGGCGGGGAGCAUGAGCGUGAGCGCGCCUCCCCCUCCCUCUUAGCGGACCCAGCCCCUCCCCUCCGACAAUGCCAAGGCCGCAGCGGGCACCGGCUGGAGCGCAGAGGCUGCUAGCCCAGGGCGCCUUUCCCUCCCCGCGGGGCGCCGUCACGCGUGGGGAGGGACGCAGGGUGCCCGCAGCCUCAACUCCCCCUCUCCCUCUGAGGGGGGGUGGGUGGGGCGGAGGAGCUGGAGUUGAUGGCCGGGUGGCUCCCCUCCCCCUACCUCCCGGGGCCCUGACCUGAUUAUAGCCCCUCACGGGACCCCCUCCCUCAAUCACCUAAGUCCCUGUCUCAUCACAACCUAGCCUAUCUUUAACCUCUCAUACCCUUCCCUCACGAGGUGCUGACCCUACAGAAGCCCCUCUUGAAGGAGUGGGAGCCCUUGAUGGGGCGGUGCUCGGCUCCCCGGCCGCUGCGGACACUGCCCCCUCCUCUUCCCCUCCUCCAGGACCGGAGCAGGGCCCCAAGCCCCCGGGCCUGGCCGGGGACGCGCUUCUUCCCACACCCUGUGCCUCAUCAGCUCCAGCCAGUGGACCCAAAGGCUGAGAGAAGAAGAUGGGGAGCCCGGAGGACGACCUGAUCGGGAUUCCAUUCCCAGAACACAGCAGUGAGCUCCUGAGCAGCCUCAAUGAGCAGCGCCAGCUGGGCCACCUAUGUGACCUCACCAUCCGGACCCAGGGCCUUGAAUACCGCACCCACCGGGCUGUGCUGGCUGCCUGUAGCCACUACUUCAAGAAGCUCUUCACUGAGGGUGGUGGCGGGGCAGUCAUGGGCUCUGGGGGCAGCGGGACAGCCACCGGCGGAGCAGGGGCCGGUGUGUGUGAGCUGGACUUUGUGGGGCCAGAGGCCCUGGGUGCCCUGCUCGAGUUUGCCUAUACGGCCACGCUGACCACCAGCAGCGCCAACAUGCCGGCCGUGCUUCAGGCCGCGCGGCUGCUGGAGAUCCCAUGUGUCAUCGCUGCCUGCAUGGAGAUCCUGCAGGGCAGCGGACUGGAAGCUCCCAGCCCUGAUGAGGACGACUGCGAGCGAGCUCGCCAAUACCUGGAGGCCUUCGCCACAGCCACAGCCUCAGCCUCAGCCUCGGGAGUUCCCAAUGGUGAAGACAGCCCUCCACAGGUGCCCCUCCCACCACCACCACCGCCACCUCGGCCUGUCGCCCGCCGCAGCCGCAAGCCCCGAAAAGCUUUCCUGCAGACCAAGGGGGCCCGGGCCAACCACCUAGUGCCCGAAGUACCCACAGUGCCCACCCAUCCCUUGACCUACGAGGAGGAGGAGGCAGCUGGCAGAGUGGGCAGCAGUGGGGGCAGUGGUCCAGGGGACAGCUACAGCCCUCCCACAGGGACUGCCUCACCCACUGAGGGGCCCCUGAGCUACGAUGCCUAUGAGGGUGAGGAAGAAGAGGAGGAGCUGGUAUAUCCCCCAGCCUAUGGGCUGGUGCAGGGCAGUGGGCCCCCGCUGUCCCCCGAGGAGCUGGGCUCAGAUGAGGAUGCCAUCGAUCCUGACCUGAUGGCCUACCUGAGUUCCCUGCACCAGGACACCCUGGCACCAGGCCUGGAUGGCCAGGACAAGCUAGUGCGCAAACGCCGCUCCCAGAUGCCCCAGGAGUGCCCAGUCUGCCACAAGAUCAUCCACGGGGCAGGCAAACUGCCACGCCACAUGAGGACCCAUACUGGUGAGAAGCCCUUCGCCUGUGAAGUCUGCGGCGUCCGUUUCACCCGGAAUGACAAGCUGAAGAUCCACAUGCGGAAGCACACAGGAGAGCGCCCCUACUCAUGCCCGCACUGCCCAGCCCGCUUCCUGCACAGCUACGACCUCAAGAACCACAUGCACCUGCACACGGGGGACCGGCCCUAUGAGUGCCACCUGUGCCACAAGGCUUUCGCCAAGGAGGACCACCUGCAGCGCCACCUCAAAGGCCAGAACUGCCUGGAGGUGCGCACCCGGCGGCGCCGCAAGGACGAUGCGCCCCCUCACUACCCAACACCCUCUGCCGCCACCCCGUCCCCUGCUGGCCUCGACCUCUCCAACGGCCACUUGGACAACUUCCGCCUCUCUCUGGCUCGAUUCUGGGAGCAGUCAGCCCCUACUGGGCCCCCAGUCUCCACCCCAGGGCCCCCUGAUGACGAUGAGGAGGAGGGGGCACCCACCACACCUCAGGCUGAAGGUGCCAUGGAGUCCUCUUAAAGAGGGACGAGUGGCCAAGCUGGAGCAGCACGGGGGCUGGGGACGCCCAUGCCAAGCAGUGGGAGUGUGCAGCACAGACGGCGCUGGGGGUCCAGGCACUGAGCCUCCCUGGCAUCGAAAAUCAGCCCCUUCCCCCAGAGCCCUCAUUCCAGUUUCAAGCUGAGAAGGUUUUGGGGCAGAAGCUCCCCAGAUUGGGGUGCUCUCCCAAGGAGUGAUACGUAUGAUACGAUGUAUAUAUUUACAGCUCUGUUGUAACGGUGGGGUCCCUGUCCCCAGCUGCUCCUGGGGAGUAGAAGCAAUAAUGUAUUUCUGAUUCGUGGGGUCCCUCUUCGGCUAUGCGGGUUUCUAGGGGGUGGGGGGCUUGGGACCAAAGCCUUGCCCCGCCCCCAUGCCCCUUGGGGUUUUGGCUGUGUAAGGGGGUGAAGGACUGCCCCUCCCUUUCGAGACCCCUCCUUCCUGGUUUCUGUUCCCUUUUCCUGGCAGUGAAUUAUGCAAAGGGGGCGGCAAAGGAAGGGUAAGUGGGGGAAAGCAAGGUAAAAGCUUGAAAGACUGGGGGACUGGGCCUGUAAGGAAGGAGCCAUCCUAGUCCCCCUCCGCCCUGCUCCCAGCGCUGAGUCAUGGGGUCCUGGAGAAGGGGCGGGGUGGCCUGAUUGGCUCGCCCGCCCCUGGGGGCAGCGGGAGGGGCCCCGCCCAGCUAGGGGAGCCGCUCGCUGGUUCUCUUCCCCUGCCCUCCCCUCCCGCGUCCCCGGGCAGGGAAUGUCUUGUUCCCGCCGCUCCCUCCCCGGGGCCAGAGGGCAGGGCGGGCCGGGCGGUGUCCUACCCUCUUCUCCUCCCCACCUCCUCCCCGCCCAGGUGCGAGCUGGAGCCGCCGCCACCGCUGCCGCCCCUGACUCACGCCGCCCCCGGGCUGGCGGUGCAGGGUGGUGGG